AUGCAAUUUGUGUUGAAUGUGCACGGCAACAUUGCAGAGGAUGAGGCUGAGAGGCUGGGCCUGGUACCCUCUCACGCCUAUGCCGUUUUGGACGUGAAGGAGGUCAAUGGGACUAGACUCCUGCAGGUGAAGAACCCGUGGAGCCGCAAGCGAUGGCGCGGGCCUUACUCCGUAGAAGAUACCCAAAGAUGGACACCGGCACUCAAGGAGGCCGUGAAGUACGACCUGGAAACAGCCAUGCUCAAGGACAACGGUGUCUUCUGGGUGGACUUUGCAUCCAUCUUCCAGUACUUCAAAAACGUCUUCAUGAACUGGAACCCGAGCGUCUUCAGCUUCAGGUUCGUGAUGCACCUGCGGUGGCCGGUGAACAUGGGUCCCAAGAACGACUCCUUCAACCUCGGCGACAACCCGCAGCUAUCGCUCUCCGUCAAGAGCAGCGCGAAAAGUGCCGUUUCGGGGGCAUCGGGCUCGGCGAUGGCUGCCGCGGCGGGAGGGGCGGCAGCGGCGGUGGCGCGCACGCAGUCUCCGACGGUGUGGGUGCUGCUAAGCAGACACGUGACGGUGAUCGAGUCUGACCCUGCAGAAGGCGACUUUUUGACGAUGCACGUCUACGCGGGCACGCAGGGGAAGCGGGUCUACUACCCGGACACGCCAAUGUUCAAGGGGAUCUACACCAACAACCCUCACACGCUCGUCAGGUUCGACUUGCCGGAGAAUACGGGCUCCACGGACAAGUGGGUCGAUUACACGCUCGUGGUCAGCCAGUACGAGAAGAAGAGAGAAGUCAGUGCGGGGGGGGCACUGGGGAGCCCGCUUUUCUACACCAACCCACAGUACGCGGUUGUGCUCACACAAAAAACAAAGGUCCACAUCGAAGUCAGGGCACCCAAAGACAUCAACGCUACCGUGGUGUCGCAAGGAGGAAUGCGGAUUGACACUGUCUCGAGCGAGCGAGAGGUGAUGACGACGGGCUCAUACCGGCCGGGUUUCUGUUACGCGGAAAACGUUCUGCCGGCGGGAACGUACACUGUUAUCUUCAGCACCUACAGACCGGGCCAGGUGUGCGCGACAAGACACAGUUCUGUACUUGCACAAUAAUAGGCAAUGACCACGUAUAUCCCCUUCGCUGCUUUUAAUACGCUCGAUUAUUUUCACAUGAGGCGAAAAUUGAACUGGCUUCUUAGUUUCUUGUCGAUGCCACGAAUUGGAAAGAAAGGUGGCGGGGUUCGUGGCAAAGCUGUGCACG